GUAAUCUUAUAAUCAUAUCAAUAAAAAAACAAAAUUUUAUUUUAUUUUAAUAAAUAAAAAAGAAGAAAGAAAGAGAGAAAAGAAAGAAAAAAAAAAUCCGUCCCUGUUUCCAGUUUCCACCGGCAUCUAAUUGUUCCCUCUACCUCUCUCUAUAAAUUAACGCUACAUUGGCAUCCUACGGAAGAAGAGAAGCCAAAAAGAAGAGAAAGGAAAGCUAAAAGAAAAGAAAGAAAAUGGGUUCUUCUUCUCGGUUAGGAGGCUCUUCUGUGCUCCUCGUCUCCUUAGCCUUGAGCUUAAUGGUGGCUGUGGUGGCUGCUGCGGGGGGCAUGUCGAUUUUGGGGUAUGGAGCUCGGAGCGAGGCGGAGGUGCGGCGGCUGUACCGGUCGUGGAUGGGCCGGCACGGGAAGUGGUACAACGGCGUCGGCGAGGAGGAGAGGAGGUUCGAGAUUUUCAAGGAGAAUCUCCGCUACGUCGACGAGCACAACGCCGCCGCCGACGCCGGCCUCCACUCCUUCCGCCUCGGCCUCAACCGCUUCGCCGAUCUCACCAACGACGAGUACCGCUCCACUUUCCUCGGCGUCCGCCCCCGCGGCGGCAGGAGCGGGAGCGGGAGCGGGAGCGAUCGCUAUCGCCUUCGGGCCGGCGACGCUCUCCCCGACGCCGUCGACUGGAGGCAGAAGGGCGCCGUCGUCGCCGUCAAGGAUCAGGGCAGCUGCGGGAGUUGCUGGGCAUUCUCGACGGUGGCGGCGGUGGAAGGGAUCAACCAGAUCGUGACGGGUGAUCUGAUAUCGCUGUCGGAGCAGGAGCUCGUGGACUGCGACGGCAAGUACAACCAGGGCUGCAACGGCGGCCUCAUGGACUACGCCUUCCAGUUCAUCAUCAGCAACGGCGGCAUCGACACCGAAGAGGACUAUCCCUACAAGGCCCGCGACGCCACAUGCGACACCUACCGGAAAAACGCAAAGGUCGUCUCCAUCGAUUCGUACGAGGAUGUCCCUGCUAACGACGAGAUGUCCCUUAAGAAGGCCGUGGCGAACCAGCCCGUCAGCGUUGCCAUCGAAGCCGGCGGAAGGGCCUUCCAGCUUUAUGAGUCGGGGAUAUUCAACGGAAGCUGUGGGACUUCACUAGACCACGGAGUCACAGCCGUAGGCUACGGCAGUGAGAACGGAAAGGACUACUGGAUUGUGAAAAACUCGUGGGGAGAUAAGUGGGGUGAGGCUGGGUACAUCAGGAUGGAGCGCAACAUUGCUUCGCCCACCGGUAAAUGUGGGAUCGCCGUGGAAGCGUCCUACCCGAUCAAGAAGGGGCAGAACCCGCCGAACCCGGGGCCAUCCCCUCCUUCUCCCUCGAAGCCCCCCUCCGUGUGUGAUAACUACUACACUUGCCCGGAGAGCACCACUUGCUGCUGUGUCUACGAGUUCGGCAACAGCUGCUUCUCGUGGGGGUGCUGCCCUCUUGAAGAUGCCUCAUGCUGCGAGGAUCACUACAGCUGCUGCCCUCAUGACUACCCCAUCUGCAAUGUUCGAGAGGGGACUUGCCUCAUGAGCAAGAACAACCCGCUUGGCGUGAAGGCUUUCAAGAACAUUCCUGCAAAGUCCUCCUGGCCUCUCCCUACUGCGGAGGAAGGCAUGAAAAGCAGCACGUAAUAAAACUGCCAGCAACAGAUUAGGCAAGGAGCACCUGGAGUAAUGAGUACAUGGAUAUGACCAAUCAAUGGAUGAUGGCACUUGCUUACACUGAUAAUAUGUUAGAUGCUAUUGUACAAUUAUCUAAACUUCAAAAAUCCUCUGAUUAACUUAUGGAUGGCUUUACUAUUUGCUUCCAAACUCUCUGGAAAUUUGCUUGUGCUUGCUUUGAAUGCUUGCUUUGCAAUUGGUGUUGCUAUGUGAUAUUUCGAUUCUGUAUCUUCUUUUCUCUCUAA